CUUCAACCAUGCAGGCCCUCCCCAAGCUGAUGGAGACCUUUGUGAAGGAGAUUAAAGACAACAGCAAUGUCGUUGUCAUCAGCGGCCUGGUUUUUGCCUACCAAGCAAUAAAGGGUGAAUUUCCCUGCACCUGUGAACCACAGGAGAAGCUCUGCUAUGGUUACAUGGUAUUUCCAGUUUUAAUUCUGGUUGCCUUAAUGCUGCUAACAGAUGCACACUUCCAGAGAUCAUUGAGGUACUCGUGCGUGAUCUUUUCAUGUGACCUCUGUUGGGUUCUGACCCGUGGCUUAUCAAAGGCUCUCUGUGUUGGAGGGGUGUGGGUCGCCACGGUGCUGAUCAAUGCUGAUUGGUAUGUUUGCUGCAACAACCAGAAUGACCGAACGGUGGCAGCAACGCAAUGUAAAGAAAAGAAGGAUAUCAUGCCUGGAGGUGAACCUGUGGUGACUAUCCUGGAGAUGAAAGACAAUUCAAAGUUCUACGGCUUAUUACUGCUCUUGUUGCUCACUUUCUUCGGCUUCACGCUGCCGUUCUGGCGAACCUGCUGUCCCAAAUCAUGUCUAGGAUGUAAAGGUUGCAGUAGAGAAGUGGACAUAUACGAGCUGAUUCUGGAAGUGGGGGAAGCUAUGGUGGCAGAGAAUCAGAAAAAGAAACUAAGUGAAAAGUUAUCUUUGAAGAUGGAAGAGGCUUCAGGGGACUGGGUGGAUUACCUGGAAGUUGCUGAACAAUUAAUUGACCCUUGGACACAGGAGGGAUAGGAGGGACAAGGAGGACAGGGAGGACCGCAGGGACCAGAUGGACAAGGAGGACCGCAGGGACCAGAUGGACAAGUAGGACCGCAGGGACCAGAUGGACAAGUAGGACCGCAGGGACCAGAUGGACAAGGAGGACCGCAGGGACCAGAUGGACAAGUAGGACCGCAGGGACCAGAUGGACAAGGAGGACCGCAGGGACCAGAUGGACAGGGAGGACUGGAGAGACAAGAGCUACUGGAGAUGAAGAACCUCCGACAAUCAAAAUGAACCUUCUCCGGUCUGCAUAAACCUUCCUGUGUCUUUGCUCACGUUCAGUCCAACCCACCUUUGUUAUUAUCCACCUGUGCUUAACAGCUGGAACACAGAUAAACAUUAGAUCAAAGCACAUGAGAACACAGCAAAUUAAAUAAAAACACAGGUAAACAUUAGAUCGAAGCACAUGAGAACACAGCAAAUUAAAUAAAAACACAGGUAAACAUUAGAUCAAAGCUCAUGAGAACACAGCAAACUAAAUAAAAACACAGGUAAACAUUAGAUCAAAGCUCAUGAGAACACAGCAAACUAAAUAAAAACAGGUAAACACUAGAUCAAAGCUCAUGAGAACACAGCAAACUAAAUAAAAACAGGUGAACAAUAGAUCAAAGCACAUGAGAACACAGCAAACUAAAUAAAAACAGGUAAACAUUAGAUCAAAGCUCAUGAGAACACAGCAAACUAAAUAAAAAGAGGUGAACAUUAGAU